AUGUCUUCGUCACCACCACAUAGCAACAGCAACAAUGCUAACACCUUCAUGGGUGAUUCGCUUGAUCGUAAUUCGGAAUCCAUAUCUCAAAGUCAACAACAAUCGGUUGUUCCUUCGUCACCAUUAUUUUUCAAUUCAUCAAAUCCUGGUUCAGAUAUAGCCAAUUCACAGAAUAGAGGAAAUGAUAUGUCAUCACCUUUACACUACACUUCAUCGGUGCAUCACACGUCUGAGAUUGGAAACUUUAGCUCUCAAAGAGCUAGCAGGGUUCAUGAUGUUGAUAGAAUCAUGAGAAUACACCAAAGAAGUGACAUUAACGAUGGUGCUUCAUCGCCACUGAGAAGAACUUUUACUCAAUCGCGCGGUAACAGGCAGGGCUCUACAUUGAGAUCUACUUCGUCUGCGUUCAACUCUGAUCUUGUUGAACCUGACGAACCAACAAGAGUCAUUUGGGGAACCAAUGUAUCUAUUCAAGAAUGUUCUCAAAUCUUUAGGGAAUUUUUGUUGAGCUUCAAGUACAGGUACAGAAAAGAAGCCGAUCAGCAGGAAGUUGAACCGGAAGAUCAUGAGUUGUACUAUGUUAGCAAGUUGAAUACGAUUAGAGAGUUGGGUUUGAACAAUCUUAACUUGGAUGCAAAGAACUUGUUGUGCUAUCCUCAUACUAGGAAAUUGUACCAUCAAUUGAUCAAUUAUCCGCAAGAAAUUAUCCCAAUCAUGGAUCACACAAUCAAGGAUUGCUUGAUUCAGAUAAUUCAAGACAGUGAAGAAGAUGACAUUCCUGCAAAACUUGAUGAAGUUGAGACUAAAGUGUACACCAUUCGUCCAUACAACAUCAACUUGGUAGAAAAGGGUAUGAGAGAGUUGAAUCCCAAUGAUAUUGAUAAAUUGGUUAGUGUCAAGGGUCUUACUUUACGUUCGACUCCUAUCAUUCCUGAUAUGAAGGUUGCGUUUUUCAAAUGUAAUAUGUGUGGUCACACUGUUGGAGUCGAAAUUGAUCGUGGUGUCAUCUCUGAACCUACAAAGUGUCCGAGAGAAGUUUGUGGCCAAUCAAAUUCAAUGGUUUUGAUCCAUAAUCGUUCUUCAUUUGCUGAUAAACAGGUUGUUAGAUUGCAAGAAACCCCUGACUUGGUUCCUGACGGACAAACUCCUCACUCCAUCAAUUUGUGUGUUUACGAUGAAUUAGUUGACACUUGUCGUGCUGGUGAUCGUAUUGAAGUUUGUGGAAUUUUCCGGUCAUUGCCCGUUAGGGCCAAUUCAAGGCAACGUGCAUUAAAGAGUUUGUACAAGACAUAUUUGGAUAUUGUUCAUAUUAAAAAGAUUGACAAGAAGCGUCUUGGUGCAGAUAUCACUACCUUGGAAAAUGAAUUGGCAGAGAAGGAUCAAGAUGUUGAGGAUACAAGGAAAAUUACUCCUGAAGAGGAAGCUCAAUUGAAGGAGAUUUCACAAAGAGAUGAUUUGUAUGAAGUAUUGGCAAGGUCAUUGGCUCCAUCAAUUUAUGAAAUGGAUGAUGUGAAAAAGGGUAUUCUUUUGCAAUUAUUUGGAGGCACCAACAAGACCUUUAAAAAGGGUGGUAGAUAUAGAGGUGAUGUCAACAUUUUACUUUGUGGUGAUCCUUCAACUUCUAAAUCACAGAUUUUGCAAUACGUUCACAAGAUUGCUCCAAGAGGUGUUUACACUUCCGGUAAAGGGUCAUCGGCAGUUGGUUUGACGGCGUACAUCACAAGAGAUGUUGACACUAAACAAUUGGUUUUGGAGAGUGGUGCUUUGGUAUUGUCUGAUGGUGGUGUUUGUUGUAUUGAUGAGUUUGACAAAAUGAGUGACUCCACGAGAUCAGUUUUGCAUGAAGUUAUGGAACAACAAACGAUUUCCAUUGCUAAAGCUGGGAUUAUCACCACAUUGAAUGCAAGAACCUCGAUAUUGGCAUCGGCAAACCCAAUAAAUUCUCGUUAUGAUCCAAACUUACCUGUCACCGCAAAUAUAGACUUGCCACCACCAUUGUUGUCACGUUUUGAUUUGGUUUAUUUGAUCUUGGACAAAGUUGAUGAAAGACUUGAUAGACAAUUGGCUAGACAUUUAACGCAAAUGUAUUUGGAAGAUGCCCCAGAUACUGUUACCAACAAUUACGUGUUGCCAGUGGAGCAAUUGGCAUUGUAUAUCCAAUAUGCCAAGGAGAAUUUCAACCCGACAAUUACUGAAGAGGCCAAAAAUGAGUUGGUUCGAGCAUAUGUUGAGAUGAGGAAACUAGGUGAAGAUGCUCGAUUAUCAGAAAAGAGAAUCACGGCAACUACCAGACAAUUGGAAUCAAUGAUUAGAUUAAGUGAAGCACAUGCCAAGAUGAGAUUCUCCGAUAGAGUCCAGUUGAUUGAUGUCAAAGAGGCUGUUAGGUUGAUCAAAUCGGCAAUUAAAGAUUACGCAACCGAUCCAGUUACUGGUAGGAUUGAUAUGGAUAUGGUUCAAACUGGUACUACUUCUCAACAAAGACGUAUUAGGGAGGAUUUGGUCAAUGAAAUUUUGAAAAUUCUUGAUGAGAAUAACAAUUUGAUUAGGUUUAAUGAUUUAACCAUGAAGCUUAAUGAAAGAAGCUCAUUUAGGAUUGAGAAUCUGGACAUCAAUGAUGGACUAAGGAGGUUGCAACAAGAGGGAAAGAUUAUUGAAACUGGUGAUAAUCAUAGAAGAACCAUCAAAAAGAUUGCCGUCAUCUAA